AUGUUUAUUCAUAAUACACCAGCAGCAUACUAUGGACGAAGUAUUAAAAUUACAUCAGAUAUACUCGAAAAAUGGUAUUCAGAAUUUAAUAAUACUAUAGAAGAAUUUCAGAAAUAUUUACUUCAUGAAACAGUUGAUAAUCAAUUAUUUGCUUGUUGGUCUAUUCGUGUUAAAUAUCGCGAAACUUUUAUUAAGACAAUUAUUAAAUGGGUAUGCUUAUUUGAUUAUAUAUUACGUGAUAAAAUAUUUGGGGAAGUAGCAAAAUGUCGAAACUAA